AUGAGCAAGUACAAAGGUAAAUUUAAUAAGAAUGGAAAUAAAAAGAACAGUCUGCAAUUUCAAAGACAAACAUACUCCGAGCCAAACUCAAACUCAAACUCAAAUUCAAAUUUGAAUUCAAACUCAAACUCCAAUUACAACCAUGUGAAAAAUGCAGAACCUGUUCAAGUGCUUCGACCGGAGGACAAAAAUAAUGUAUUGCAAUGCUUGAAUAAACUAUACAGCGCUAACUUCGAAGUUGAAUUUCCACUGUCACCACCACUGCUGCUACUGUCGAUUUUAAAUACAGAUUUUGGAGUAACACCUAUAUUGCACAAGAUUGUUGACACAUACCUCGAGGAACAAAGUCAUGUUUGGAGUAAGAAUCCUCGACUAGCAAAUGGUACCGGUAGCCAGCAAAAAUUAUCCUAUGCCAAUACGAUUCGCGAUGUCUUUACUCGAUCUGCAGUGCUCUUCAGUUUAGAUGUAGAGGCUUGGGAAAUGAAUACAAAGUUAAUCACGGAAAUUGGUAUUGCAAUUUAUGAUCCAUUUGCGAAAGGGGAAGCCAGAAAUAAUAUUCGAGAUGCUAAUAUUGUUAAUUUGGGUGGAGUAUCAAUAAUGCCGACAAUUAAACAGAUACAUAUUCGAAUCAAGGAAACAGUCAAACUUAUCAAUGGACAGUAUGUGCCCAAUCAUGUUGACAACUUCAACGGUGGAACGACUUUGGUAUUGAGUAGAUACGAAGCUGCCGUAUUUGUGCAAGCUUUGAUUGACCAUUUUUUUGUAUACACAACUGCAUCUGAAAAUGGAGAUGCCUUGGUUGAAGAAAAUGUUCAACAACAGUUGAAAAAAACUUACUUGGUUGGGCACGAUGUUGGUGGAGACGUCAAGUGGCUCAAGAAUCUUGGUAUUUCUUUGCCGCAAAACCAUUUACGACUUGAUACUGCUCAAAUGAUGAAGAUUCAACAUGGCAAGGACAAUGUUGGCUUGGCACGCUCGUUGCAGCUGCUAGAUAUACCACACAAUUUUCUACACAACGCAGGGAACGACGCAUACUAUACUUUACUAUUAGCCUUUAAAUUGUGUGAUCCAUAUAUACGAUUACUGAAGAGAUUGGAUGUAGCAUUGGUGGAAGAAUUAAGUCCCGAAGAAAUUGAGGACAAGAAAAAAGCUGCAAAGGAAAGACGCGAAGCGAAAGAGUCAAGAAGGCAAUUACAUAAAGAACAAGUUGAAAAGGUUGCAAACGAGAUUCAAAAUAUGACGGAGGAAGAAAAAGCACAAUAUGCAAAAUUGAAGAAACAGGAGGAGGAGAAAUUGGCGAGAGAAAGAAAGAUGGAGAAGAAAUUUAAGCUGAUUGAAAAACGCAAGGAGCUACAGAGGAAAAUACGUACAUGUAACGAUGCUACAUUGAUGGAGAUACAAUCUGCUAUUGAGGCAACGAGUUUCUUAUUUGGUGCGGAAAACAACCAGAAUCAGGUAACGGAAUCAAUAUUUGUAGACUCGGAUCUGAUGGAGCCAGAGUAA